AUGGAGAUCCUUCAGAGAACCAUCUCCGACAUCGCCUCCGAGCUUAGCAAAGAAGCUGCCUGCGAAGCCAACGGCAAGGCGAGGCCGCUGCCACCGAUCUAUGAGCUGGAGGAUGCAAAGUGCGAGUGUUGCGGGAUGUCCGAGGAGUACAAGUUGGAGUAUGCAAGGCGUGUCCGGGAGAAGUUCUCGGGGAAGAUGGUGUGCAAGCUUUGCGCGGAGGCGGUGCGUGUGGAGAUGGAGAGGAACGGCGGUAGGAACUGGGAGGAGGCGCUCAAUGCGCACAUGAGCGCGUGCAUGUGGUCCAACCGGAUCGGGCGGGCGUACUCGGUGCUCUACCAAGCGGAGGCCAUGAGAGCCAUCUUGAACAAGAGCUCGAGUGGCGGCUGUUCGUGGCCUAAGUCCAUCAACCCUAGAGACAAAGGUGGACCGAAGAAAGCGGCCAUCGCGAGGAGCUUGAGCUGCAUUCUGGCUAUCACGAGAGACACCAACUACUACAGAACGACGGUCAAUUGA